UAUUUAUAAUAAUGCAACAGCAGCUUUGACAGCAGACUCUGCAUCAGCUCCAGUUCACGCGACCUGUGUGACUACCUGUGCUCAGCCCAGUCAGAUCUCCGCUUUAACUGAUCAUCAGUAUAAGGUAACCGACGUCAAGACAAUGACAGAAGGGACCAACAUGCCAGGAGAAGACCGAGCGGAGCAGGGCGAGGAGCCCGCCGGGGCUCCGGCAGAGGAGAGGAAGGAGAACGGGGACAGCAAAGGGACUGUCCCGGAGCAGAGCGCAGCUGCCGGGGCACAGGAGGUGGAGUUCGUGCACCCAGAGGGUGGCUGGGGCUGGGUGGUGAUGCUGGCCGCAAUGUGGUGUAACGGCUCGGUGUUCGGGAUCCAGAACGCCUUCGGGAUCCUCUUCCUCUCGCUGCUCCGGGAGUUCGGCUCCGAGGACGACGAUGACCUCCGCUUCAGGACAGCGUGGGUGGGCUCCCUCUCCAUGGGAAUGAUCUUCUUCUGCUCUCCCAUCGUCAGCGUCUUUACCGACGUCCUCGGCUGCAGAGUAACGGCGGUGGGGGGGGCAGCUGUUGGCCUGGUCGGCUUACUGGCCAGCUCAUUUGUCACGUCCCUGGGCCCCAUGUAUUUCACCUAUGGCAUCGUGUUCGCCUGCGGCUGCUCUUUCGCCUACCAGCCCAGCCUGGUCAUCCUGGGCCAUUACUUCAAGAAGCGUCUGGGUCUGGUGAACGGUAUCGUGACGGCGGGCAGCAGCUUCUUCACCAUCACGCUGCCCUUCGUGCUGUCGGGCCUGCUGGAGAGGGUGGGCCUGCAGAAUACCAUGCGGGUCCUCUGCAUCCUGAUGUUUGUGCUGAUGCUGGCUGGCUUCACCUACAGGCCCCUGCUGCCCGUCAAACCCGGCAACACCCGCACUGGCAGCCGCUUCCCGCCCCUGAGCAAGAUGUUCAACAUUAAUAUCUGGAAGUCUUUAGGAUAUCGCAUUUGGGCCUUCGGUAUCCCAGCAGCCCUCUACGGCUACUUUGUGCCUUAUGUUCACCUGAUGAAGCAUGUGGAGGAGCGUUUUGGAAAGGAAGCCAGUAAAGAAGUUCUGCUCAUGUGCAUCGGCAUCACAUCCGGUGUGGGCCGUCUCAUCUUCGGCAGGGCGGCAGACUACGUGAGCGGAGUCAACAAAGUGUACCUGCAGGUGACCUCGUUCUUCGUCAUCGGCCUCAUGUCCAUGAUGAUUCCUCUGUGCCACAUGUUCGGGGGGCUCAUCGCCGUGUGCCUGCUGAUGGGGCUGUUUGACGGCUGCUUCAUCUGCAUCAUGGCCCCCAUCGCCUUUGAGUUGGUCGGAGACAAAGAUGUUUCCCAGGCCAUCGGCUUCCUGCUGGGCCUGAUGUCCGUGCCCAUGACCGUGGGGCCCCCCAUUGCAGGGUUCCUGAGGGACAGACUGGGCAGCUACGACGUGGCCUUCUACCUGGCAGGUAUCCCCCCCAUCGUUGGAGGGGCCGUGCUGUGUGUCAUACCCUGGGUGGAGGCCAGACGCAAGAGGAGGGAGAAGGAGGAAGCCCUGAACAAAGAUCAGGACGUCACUGAGAAGAUGAUGGAACCCGAGAAGGCGGAGCAGGAAGCACGGAGCAAAACCAGCGAGUCUGUCCUCUAAAUUUCCCACUGACAGACGGACAGAGACACAAUGAAACAGCUGGAUCAGCCUAAGAAAAUGCCAAAGUGAUGAACCAUAUCAGAAAGAGUCCACAGUGAAGUCCAGUCCAACAGGAAUGUGAUCCUGAAGAACUAUGCAUCAGACGGUUUGACUGAGCGAGUCAGAACAUUUGAGAAAACGGUUUCAUAUUUUCAUAAGGGAAAGAAGACAUGCUGUGCUUAUUAUAACUGUAAUGUCAAAGUCUUAAUGGAGAGGCAGACUCAGGCCAUUCUUUACAAUCAGUUUUCAACACUACCACUGACAGAUAGAAGAAAAACACUUGAUUUAACCUCCACCCAAUAUCGUCCAUAAGCCGCUAUCUGUAUCGCCUCCUGUUAGCUGAUGUGCUCAUAGAAUUCAAAGGGACAUGCAGAGUGUCUGUUUGUGUGUGUGUGUGUGUGUGUGUGUGUGUGGGGGGGUGCAUCAAUCAGCUCUCAUCCUUUGUACAAUGACUGUUGUGUGGCCCCACCCAGACCCUCAGGGGCCCCAGACCCUCAAUUAGCCUGUGGUAAUUUAUCCCACAUUACUUUUGCAACUGUGUAUGUACUCUAUAAACUGAAAGGAUCGGGGCCUUAAAAAGUCAGCUGUAUUAAUAUAUGAUGUCCCCAGUGUGUAGGGGCCCAGGGUCAAAUCUACAUUUAAGGACUUUAUUAUUUCAGUUUAUAUCAAGCUUAUAGAGUGUGUAUUAUUAGGAAUUAGCAUAACGUAGUGAUUAACUAUUACAAACCCAUUACACAGAGAUUGGGAGGCCCCGGGGCCCCUGAGAGGUUUGAUGGGGCCUAAAUGUGCCAGAGAAACCUCAGCAGAAACACUUCCACAUGGUGGGAAAUACUCUUAUUAGCUCUCCUGCUAACAGCAGCACUCUGUUUAGACUAUUAAAUAAAACCAGAGGGUUAGCUUAGCAACCAGCCUGGAACAGCUGGAUCAACAUCUGUAAGUGUCAGUGUAUCUCAUCUCAAAAUAAAUGUUAAGAUUAUAAGUAUUGGUGUUAUUGGAGAUCAUGCGCUGCACUUUUUCUCUGCCAGAAGCAAACGUUAAACCGUUCCUUUAACAAUAAGAACUCUUGGCCAGCUCUCAGUUAUGAACGUGAAUAUUGAGUCAUUAGAAACAUACUGGCAUUGUGUGUGUUUACUCUGUCUAUUCAUUGACAUUAAGCAGUAUUUCUUCGUAAAACCAGUGUUGAGAUUUGUUUUGAAUGUUUUUUCUCAUUCUUGUAAAGUCUCAUACGCUUCCUGGUUUAUAAAGAACAGGAAGUUUGCUCUGUGGCUGACCAAGGUCACCCCCUGCUUGCGUCCUCUUUAAGGACCACCCAUAGAAUGCCGUCACACAUUUACAGCAUGCUAUCCUCUGGAGCUAAGUGGAAGUGAAUCAUUAACCCCGUGCCCAGAUUCAACCGUUGAUAGCAAGCUGUUUGUUUUAUGUUUUCACAUUGUAUUUAUUUUGGGGCUUUUGUGGAGAAUGUGAUGCUGUAAUUGACGGGCAUUUGCCUAAAGCCUUGAUUUGUUCUAGUGGAGACCAAAAUGUAGUUAAAUGAAAGAGCGUUAACGCUGUUGGCGUAAUGUCUGUGCUGACGGGCAGAGGUUGUGGAGAGCUUUGUGAGUCCAUGGUGUUCCUCUACCUCAGAUGUUUUAAAUGUGUAGAGCUCUGGCCUUCCCUGUUCCUCCACCAGAGCAGUGUGACUCGAAUAACCCAAAUAAGCUACAGAGUCUUAGAGGCGAUACCUCUCUCCAAAGCGUGGCCCUUUAGUGAGCCAUUUGCUGUUCAGAACCAAAAAUGCCUUUUUUAUACAAGAAACUUCAACAGCUUUUACAAUCUUUUCUCCCCCUUAAAUAUAUAUAUUUUUAAUACAAUUAAAUCAUAUAUGUUGCCUUUCAUUCGAAUGCAUCUUUUUUUAAUGACAUUAAAAUAGCAGACUUUAGGUUAGAGACUGCAUUUCAUUCUGACCUUGCUGUUAGUAUUUUGACCCUCAAAUGUUAUUCCACCACAGACUUUAUUCAGAAUAUCUCUUCUGUAGAUGUGUAUGAAAUGCAUCUUUUUUUCAUCCUAUUUCAGCACAAUUUCUGCCUAAUACUUGUUCGUGCAUAUCUCCAAAUGUUUUCUACAAGAAUAUUACUUUCAUAUCUCUCCUGCUUGAUGAACUACAGUAUAAACCAUGUAAUAUUAUGUAAACAAUCAAAUUUGAGAAUUUUAAAGACAUUAAAAAAGAACGUUUACAAUU